AUGGCUCAACUUGAGCAGUUUGCACCGACUUAUGUUUGUGCGCCACCGGCUGAAACAGCUUCGAGAGGGUUUUGGUUUCACGAAGAUCCUUUGGACUAUACAGUUCCUGCAACCCUAGCACAAGUUAUCCUUGUCAUUGUGACCUUCCGGCUACUUUAUUUUCUUCUCAAGCCUCUAGGACAGACCAAACUCACUUGUCAUCUCCUGGCUGGCAUUAUCUUGGGGCCUUCUCUGGUAGGGCGCAACCAGUUUAUGAGGGACAAAUUAUUAAACCUGAAAGAUGCGUCGUUGUGGGCGACAAUGGGUCUGUUGGGAGCUACAUUAUCCAUGUUCAUAACUGCGGUAAAAUUUGACAUAAGAAUGGCUAGAAGGACAAAGCUUUCUUUCAAGAUAGGUGUUCCAGGGCUCCUUAUCACCAUUGCAGUAACCUUGGGCCUUGGAUACCCGCUAGCCAGCUUCAUUCCCGGAAUUAAAAAAGGGAUCUUCCCCCUUUUUUUCUUUUCUAUUCUGUCUUUCACUUUCGUCCCUGAUGUAGCUCCGGCCUUAGACGAACUCAACCUUAUGAAUUCUGAGUUAGGUCAAAUUGCCAUGUCCUCUGCUUUGCAUUUUGAAUUGAUACAAUGGUUGUUUUCAACAGUACAAGAGAUAGCUACUAAAGAAAAGGCAAGCUACGGAGCUUUGACUUUCAUUUCUGCAGUGGCGUUGGCUGCUUUCAUUGUUCUUGUCAUACGCCCGCUUAUGGUAUCAAUUGUUGAGAAAACACCACAAGGACAGCAAGAAGUAAAAGAGCAUUAUGUAGUAGCAAUACUAGUUGGGGCUCUAUUCCUAUCCUUUAUAUCUGACACAAUAGGUUGCACCUUUGUUCUAGGUCCUGUACUUCUAGGGUUCGUCAUACCAAAUGGACCACCUUUGGGUGCAACAUUAGUAGCCAAGACUGAACUCUUGGUCUCUGAACUUCUUCUUCCAGUGUUCUAUUUACGUAUUGGCUUCUAUGCAAACAUACUUACGAUUAGCGAUUGGAAGAGUUUUUGCACAUUGCAGGCCAUUCUUGGUGCGUCAUAUGUGGUUAAGAUUGUGACAGUUACCACGGCUGCAUUGUGCUGCAAAAUUAGUUUGAGAAAUAGUUUCUUACUCGGGAUAAUGAUGAAUAUCAAGGGUAUUAUAGAUUUGACCCUUUUCUCUCGAUGGCUGCACAGUAAGUUGCUAAAUGAUGCCGUAUAUACUCAACUGCUGUUAGCUAUGUUGGUUGGGAACAUAAUUUCAACAGCAUUUGUAUAUUUCACAUAUAGAUCUCAUCUGAGACUCGGGCCAUCACCUGAAGUCCCACGCAUUAGAAACAUCCGAUCAGUUCAACCCAACUCUCCUUUCAACAUUCUUUGUUGUGUUCACAACGAUGAAAGUAUCCGUAACCUCACCUCUCUCCUAGAAGCCUCAAAUCCAACAGAAGCAAGCCCUAUUUGUGCUUACAUUGUCCAAGCUGUAGAGCUCCUGGGGCGGACGAUACCUGUACUAGUCCCUUAUAAGAAGAAGGAGGGGAACAGAUUUAGCCGAAUAAAUUCACUGGCACAUCAUAUGAUGCAAGCAUUUUCCAACUACUCAGAAAAAGUGGACCUGUCUUGA